ACAUUCUUUAAUGAACAAGUGCUGGCAGAUGGAGCAAAAACAACGACCUUCUUUCCAUGAAUUAACAGAGCGUCUAAAAAUAUUACAGAAAAACCUAGAACUACAGGUCGAACGUGCUAGGAAAUAUGUAAAUGGAAGUUUGUCAGUACUUGCCGAAGAUUACACACAAUGGGAUGAUUAUAAAGUUACAUUAUUUGAAGAUCUUAUUUUGUGUAAUAUUGAAAAGCCUCUUCCCCAGUCUCGACUCAUGGCUGUUCAAUAUGCUGGUGCCAUAUUUCCAUCAAACCACGCUGCAUCUAAAUAUGUUCUACUGCGAGGAGCCGGCGAUGCGGUAAAAAUAGUCCAAAACGAAGCACUGGAUAUAUUAAGAGAACAAACUAAAAAGGACGGUGAAGAAAAAGAAAACUUGUUCCCAGAGUUUUCCCAACUAGUGAAUUUUGUGAGUGUUAGGGCAGGAGAAAAGCUGACUGAUGCGACUAUAAAAUCCAAGGGACCAUUGGGAACAUUUCAUAUUCCAUUCACACCAGCUGCAUAUGAGAAAAUAACUAUUUAUCUAAGAAUGUGCUUGGCAUAUGAGUCUGGUACUAAUCCUCAUGUAAUACACCCUGAACAAAUGAAUCAACAAGGACCAGUAUUAAGCAAGCGGAUAAAUCAACUAUUAGACGACAAUGACGGAAGUCUAUCUGAAGGUCCAAUACCUUUGUAUUUUGGUAUGCUAAGACAGUACAUAGCAGCUGUAGGUGGGUCAGCAACUAUGUACAGAAUGUUAGAGUUGGUUGCUGCUGCCCCUGAGAGAUUGGCACCACAAUUCUUUGAUAAGUUAGAUCAACUCAAGGUUUUGGUUAGCUCCGAAAAUGCAGAUAUGAGAAUGUAUGCAGCUGAAUUGUACGCCAUUGUGUUGUCAUUAAUGGACAAACAAGUUUUACUCACAAGUAUACAAACCCUCACCCAUGAUCUGGACAAUCAGAAUUUGGAGGUUCAGCAUGGCUCAGAACUGGCAUUAGGAUUUGUAAUUGGAAGGUACUUGCAGAAAAGAGGUCGACUGGCUAGCCAUGAGAACAUAGAACACAUGAUUGGGGAUUCUAGCAAUGAAGACAUCAUUUUUACCGAGGCAGUAAAAGCAAUAGUUGUCAAAUUGGACAGCGUUAUUGUUAUGCUAGUAGAAGGUGCCUGUCUGGCAUUGGGUGAGAUUGGAAGAAAUGGACCACUACCUUUAUUAAAUGGUAUAGACAAUAUAAGUAGAUCGAAACAGAUUCAACAAGAUGAAGAUCCUCAAGGUAAUGAGGUUGAAGAAAUAACAAAGCUACAUGUCAUCCAGAUUUUAAUGAGCAAGGUUUUAUCAGAAGAUGACGUAAUUCAGGUGAAAGAGAGAGCUGCCAUGUCUUUGGCAUACCAGACUGUUGGAGAUCCCCACUUCUCUUAUCGAAAUAUUAUUAUACAAGGGUUCUUAGAUAGUACAGAUAUUCAUGUACAACCAAGAACAGAACACAUUGCUUUGCACUUUGCUAUUGGGGAAGCAUUGGCAACCACUUUACAAGGUCCCAAUUCCGCCUAUGCUGGAGAUAUUUGGAGAACAGCAGUAGAAGACCGUGGCUCUUUAGAACCAAUCAGUGACGACAUUGACUGGCUAAUGAAUGCGUUGGUUGAAAAAUAUAUACAAGCUGUACCCGAAGAACAAAUAAAGGGCUAUGGUGAUUAUGAGGGUGAAAUGGAUCCAAGCUAUUUAGCUGUCUGUAUAUGGCUAUUAAUAUUGGUAGAACAUUUCAGAACGCAUCCUGCUAUUGUGUCACGACUUCAAGCAAUACAGGAAACAGUAACAAGCAUGAUGUCACACUGGGAAGAAACCGGAGUGACAUCACAGUUAUCACCACUAGUGCAAUCUAGAAUGGUAUCUGCCCUACAACUGAUGAAACCAACUGUAUCGGUAAUGAAACGAGAGAAAAUGAUAACAGUACGACUGACGGCAGAAAGACACUAUCAUAGUGAGGUUAAAAUUCAGAUUAACAGACGAACCUCAUCGACCAGAAAGGGAGUGACGUCAACACAGCAAGAGCAUGCAUUACAAGACUCUGCAGCUUUGCAGCAAGUAGAAGAAAUGGCUCAAAUUGCUACCGAAGAAAUGCCAUUGCAGGAUAUGCCUUCUUCAGCAUCAUCUUCACCAAGUUUAUCUGACGAAGAUAAUAAUUCUAAAACUACACACUUUUGA